AUGGUGCAAGUCGCAACAGAAGAAAUGAUGCAAGUCGCAACAGAAGAAAUGAUGCAAGUCGCAACAGAAGAAAUGGUGCAAGUCUCAAAGCAAGAUGCCACACAGAAUUCAUCAAGAGGCUGCUUCAAAUGCAACACAAAUUCCGUCAAGAGACUGCUCCAGAUGCCACGCAGAAUUCGUCAAGAGUCAGCGGAGCAGUCUCAACAGGAGAAAAGGUGCAAAUCUCAACAGAAGGAAGUGGUGCAAGACUCAACAGAAGAUGCCACACAGAGUUCAUCAAAAGUCAGCGGAGCAGUCUCAACUAAAGAAGUGGUACAAGUCUCAACAGAAGAAAUGGUGCAAGUCUCAACAUAA